AUGUCUGGAAACCCUGCAUUUCGUUUGAACUCCGGGCCUACAGUGAACAUCAUAUCAUCUGGAAGCGAAGUCAGGGACACCAACGACAGCGGGGGACACUUCGUCCGCCAUCCUUCUUCCAAGUCUCGAGACUUCUGGCCCCGAACGCUCUUCGGAAGUCUGAUUAGCAGAAAGGAUGUGGCGAUUCUACUUGACGAGCUCGCACAGACUUAUGAGGGCAUUCUUGAUGGACAGACCAUCGAUGAUGCAACGGAGACAAUUUCGACCCGUUAUAGAAAGAUUUUGGCACUCCUUCUGUUAAUUGGAAAGGGCAAGCUGAUACGAAAAUUCGUCUCGAGGGGAAUAGACGAUAGCAAACUACCUUUUCCCUUGGAUUACCAAUUCGAUGGCUUGAUUAAGGAUGCAUACCGCGAUAACAUCCGCUUGGACUAUCAGUGGAGGCUAAAUGUUCCCUUCUUCCAGCCGUUGGCAGCAGGACUGGGAAGUCCCAAUGGACAUGUCUGCCAUCUGAAUAUAUCCGAAUUCGACAUCCAGCCGUGGGACCGAUUAGACGCGAAGCCGAGUGAAGCACAGAAAGGCUCUCCUGGCUUGUUAUCAGUGACUUUAGCCGGUGGUUACGGUGAAGUGCACAAAAUAAUCAUUCACCCAUGGCAGCAUGAUUUCCAUGGUGUGCUAGAGAAGUGGACAUCUGAUAAGAAUGUGUUCGCGUUGAAGCGCCUUCUCACCAACGACGAGUCAAAGUUCGAUCAGGAAACCGACCAGCUGAAGAGAUUCGGUGGACAGCACGAUCACAUUGUCACAUUGCUUUCUACCAUCUCCCUGAAGACUGGAAGCCACAAGGACUUCUACCUGUUGUUUCCAUGGGCGGACUCCGACCUUUUGGGUUAUUGGCAGAGAUACCCAAUGCCAGAAUUGUCAGAGGACAUGUGGCGAUGGCUCAUCGAACAGUGUUGCGGGAUUGUCGACGCCGUGGCGUUCAUCCAUGACCCUGGCAGCAAAAUACAGAACCUGCAAGGCAAGCGCCUCUAUGGCCGGCACGGAGACAUUAAGCCAGAAAAUGUCUUAUGGUUCAUAAAGCGCCAAAGCGUAGGCGGCAGAGGAGCGCUAGUGCUGUCAGACCUGGGCCUGGCUGCAGUUCAUCGAGAUACAAGCCGAUCCAACAUUCCGGGCGAGGCCAUACCGCACACACCAAAUUAUCGACCUCCAGAGUGUGACAUGGAUGGUCCAAAAGGCCACAUUUCCCGGUCGUUUGAUAUAUGGACCAUGGGCUGCCUCUUCCUGGAAUUCGUCGUCUGGGCGCUGGAGGGGUGGGAUGGAAGGGUAAACUUCCGUUUCGACCGAUGUGAUUCAGCCUAUCUGAAUGCCGAGACAGAUGUCUUUUUCGACAUAAAGCGUACUGAGAAAGAAAGCGCCAAGAGCGAAUACGUCUUCCAAGUCAAGGAGGCGGUCACAAAGCGCAUCAUUAGCCUAUACGAACAUCCAGCUUGCCCGAGGAUUAUUCAAAGGCUUCUUCGACUGAUAAGGAAUGAGAUGCUUAUUGUACAGUCGGAACGCCCUCCAAUCAACAGGAUCAGAGCUGGCAGGCUUCGUGAUGAAGUCCGCGAGCUCAAGGAGUUGUGCACAGCUAACAAUGGGGUCUGGUUGAAGCCGUCCAAGGAAGAACCACCCAUGAAACUGGAAGAAAGUCGUGCCCCGGUAAAGGCCCCUCUGAAUGGUGAAGCACUGAAGAAUCUUGGUAUCGAUGACAGGUUCGAUAAGCUCAAGGUCUUUAUUGGGGGCGAAUUGCGGACGACUUCUGGGCGGAGGGACCCAGGUACUUUAUGA